AUGUCGAUGUUGAGGACGUUGCAGGGCCAGUGGCGUGUUGUCACACUGUUCACACAUGAUCUGGGUGCGGAGGGGGCCGUUGCGCGGCGUGUACUAGCUCGUUUGAAGGAACAGUCUGCGACUUCCCGUGAGCGGUUCAACGUCGAAGUAUGUGGUGUGUUCCCCACACGGGAUCAACUGGUGUACAUGGCGGCAGUAGACCGUCUACAGGACCCUCAUGNCCGGGCAGGGGUCCCUGCUGACACGGCAACUGCGGGCCGCACCGCUGCAGACAAACUGUUCCGGGCCCCGUUGCAGGAGGCCAUUGCUUUGAGACUGUGGGACGCUGGACACCCCCUGUGGAUCGACUGGGAGAAACAGCUGCACGGUAGAGAGUAG